AUGCAACCAGAGCUUCCGACGCCUCGAGGACCGGAGCUAACGGCCGUGCAAGCCACGAGUCCUGACUCCUAUCAGGUCCUCAAGGCUCCUCAGGGCUCCUCAGGGCUCAAUGCUCAAGGCUCACGGAGUCUCGCCCCUUUUACAGGAGCUCUCGGGCCCUGCGCUUCGGCUUGGGUAGUAAUCAAUUGUCAAUGUUCCCUCUGCUCUGCUCCGCUCCCGACCUCCCGCCGACAUGGGCUCUUGAUGAUCAGGGCCUUUGCGGCCAAUCGGCCUCCUACCACCGCCUAUCACCACGAGCUUGGAGCCUUGGAGGCGACUUUGCGCGGCUUUGGCGGCUUGACGGGCGAGAUGGGCGAGACAGGUUAG